GUUCAAGUUAGUCUACCGGCUACCGGCUACCGACUACCGUUAGUACCGGUACCAUAACAUGCACGAUUGAUGAAGAAUUCUGGUCAUGAAUGCAAUUUGUCUGCUCCAUUUCUGUUUUCUGUUGACCUGUACCGGUACAGCAAGGUAACAUUAUAUUAAUUAAGUGUGGCCUUCAAAAGAGGUCACCGGUUGCGUGAAAGACCCUAAAGGCCGAAAGCAAGAGUUCGGAAACGAGACCCGGCAACUUUAAAACUGGAGGGGCGUUGCGACGUUGCGACAGCGGUCGCAGCGAGCAGCCACUCGCAAAUAAAAUUAAUAAGCACCAUCUCCACACUCCCACUGCAUCUAUACUUGCAUAACCAGCUAUCAGAUAUAGCCACCCAGAACCACCAUGGUGGCGGACGCUCAACCCGUACCGAUUGUCGGUGCAAAUGUGCUGCAAGCCGCAGAAGACGACCUCGCCGAGGACGAACUAGAGGCGAGUUUGCACGAUAAUGCACAAACUGGGGAAUGGCCCUCCACACCUCUGAGUUUGGACGAUCCCAGACGAAUGGAUUUGACUCCAGAAGAACAUCUUUGUGCGCGUACCAUUAAGGAGCUGAUAGAGGAGGAAGGAACAGGGAACCUGGACAAAGUUUCAGACUACUGGUAUGCUCAGGUGGCCUUGGUGGACAAGGGUGAUAUGGCGAAUGCCAUGGAACGGAUUCAUCAUAUGCAGCUCUUUCGGGAAGAGUAUGACAUUCAGGACACGGUGGCACAAGGCCAGCGGUCGGUUGCUGCAUUCAUGGAACUCUUUCCCGAAUUCUACCUCUCCUUUGGUUACAACAGUGCUGGCGGGAAUUAUACUCUCGUCUUUGAUAUCUCCAGAAUGCACGGGUCGGUCAUCAAAAACCAGCCCAGAGGCUACAAGACUUGGUUCCAGGCAAUCUACUACCUCAAUCAUGCCUUGUGUUCAGACAUGGAGGCCAUUCGUCGAGGGAUGGCAUUGAUCAUUGAGUGCAUGGGUUUUGAGUGGAAAAAGAAUUUUGGAUUGGAAGUCACUCGUUCGUAUUGGUCCGAUAUAGCAGGUGUCUACCCAAUCAAUCACCACAAGAUUCGAUAUUAUCACACGGGAGUAUUCGUAAACAUGCUGACCAGCAUGGCCAAGAAAUUCAUGCCCAUUGCCUUGAGGGAUCAGUUUGAAGUGGGGUGCAUUAGUGAAUCGGGGCGCUUGAGUAAGGUUUUCUUGACUCCGACGGUGGAAGUCGCCAAUGCAAGGUUCAUGAGCAGGUUCCUGCAUAGCCUGGAACUGCGCUACAAGAAUGAAAAGUCGUUCACUCUGAAAAGAAAAUGAUUGUAGCAACUAUAUAUUUCCCUGCGUAUCUGCGGAGGCCGCCAUUGAGAUUCUUCGAAUGUCACCGCCUCAAGAGAAAAUCCCACAACUCGUCAUCAAUUCAUGCAACGAAAUCUUGUGUGCCUGCAGGCACGAGGCCAAGUUUCAUAAGUUGACUUAGUACAGUAGACACGAUAGCCAUUGUACACAGGAUGAGAAUUCAGGAUCUGGAUUUUUUUCGCCGUCUAGUUGGGGU